ACGUCAGGUGCGUGUUAAGCCCCGCCCACCGCACCGCCACCUGGCUGGUCUACUCAGGUGAGGUCGGCACAACAAAGCAGAGCUCGUAAACCCAGCGAAGGUGUCAAAUUUCCUGCAUGAGGACAACAGGGACCAUUCUAAGUGCUUCGUAAUGUCGAGGCGGUCUGAGAUUCUCCACCAGCACCACACCAGCCUGGCUUCUCCGACCGAACCGACUCCGAAAUCCUACAUGACGGGAAUCUGGUCUGACGAGAAGAACCUUCCGGUGGCUCCGAACCGGGUUCGGCUCUCACUGCGACAGAAUGGUGUCUCCAAUGGGGGAGCCAUCUUGCAUAACUCAUCCAGGAGCGUGGAUGGAGUUCCUUUUUGCACAAAGGUAAACGGGUCUGAUUUCGACAGCCUCUCCUCAAAAAGUAUCCAAGCUCGGAAAAUGUCCCGAAGGGUGGCCAUGUCCCCGCCAGCCGGCACGAACCGGUCCGGUACCAGUCUACGUCUCCAGAGGCCGUCAUUAGGCUGGGAUCGCCAACAUUUACGGAUUGUAGGUGCGCUGGCAGAUUGGCCUGACGGCUUGAAUCCACAGCACCAGCGGGCUUCCUCUGAGACGUCCCGCAGCACGCCCACCCGAGCAUCCGCGCAUCAUCCUGGGAAGUCCAGAAGCAACUCGCUCACUCAUCAGUCAGGAAGAACAAAGAAUCUGCCCGGAUCCAUGGCCGGACAGUACAGCUUUAGAAUGGGCCAGAAUCAGAAACACAGUUUUGUAAAACCUGGUAAACGAACGGUACAGCGGCUCGGAUCCACCCACAUGGACAGAGGUUUUGUCCAACAGGCUCAAAUAUCCCAGAGACGGAAAUCAGGCAGGCCCUUGAGCGCGGAGAGGUUCACCAACAGGCUGGAUGUCAGGACCACGAAGAAUCAAGCACUGCAAUCGGCUCCAAAGCCUCCAGAGAUGACAAUUAAAAGGGCCGUAGAUCUUCUGGACAAGCUAAACGAGAGAGAGCUGAUCGGUGCCGCAGCGUACAUUCAGAACCAAUGUUGGAGUAAAGACGAAGCCAGAGUUCAGGUUCAGAGGGAGCUCGGGGUUGGGAAGCUUGUACGGCUGCUCAAAACCGACAACGAAGAGGUGCAGCGGGCCGCAGCAGGGGCCUUGCGUAAUGUCGUCUACAAGAACGGAGCCAACAAGAAGGACGUGACGGACCAAGAUGGCCUUACCGUCAUCCUGAAUUUACUGGGCCAGACGCAUGAUAAGGAGACCGUAUGCCAGCUUGCAGGUCUCUUGUGGAAUCUGUCUUCAGCUGAUGCGAUCAAGAAGCUGUUUGAUGAGAAUUUCCUCCAUGUCCUCACCAAGGUGGUUCUGGUGCCGUUCUCUCAAAUAAACGGAGAGGCAGAAUCCAAACGUGAUUUGCUCGCCGAUCCCAAGGCUUUCCUCUGCGCUACAGCCUGCCUACGGAAUCUGAGCUCCGACUGGAACUACAUGAGGAAUAUGAGGCGUUGUGAAAAUCUCAUUGACUCGCUGGUUUCCUACACGACGGAGUCUGCAGCCAAACGCACACCUGAUGACGAGUGCACAAAAAACUGCGUCUGCAUCCUUCAAAACUUGACCUAUAAAGCUGAGGAAGACUUCACCCCUCAAACCACCAGGAACAAGGGAGAGACUCGACAAAAUGCGACUCCCAAAGAGACGACUUGCAGCUGUUUUCCUUAUCGCCGUGCCAACCUCGGACAGGUCCAAAGGGACAAAGCGGAAGCGGAGAGAGGACGCCUCCUGCAGAAAAACGAAGACCCACACGGAGCUCAGUGGCUGUGGAGCGGUCAGCUUGUCCGGGCGUAUCUGUCGCUGUUGGCCUGCAGCAAAAACAGAAUGACGCUGGCGGCUGCCAUGGGGGCGCUGCAGAACCUCACGGUGGGGAAGGGAGAGAUCUCUCAGAACGUCGCCAGAAUCAUCAAGGAGCAAAAUGGACCUCAGAAAGUUAAGACCGUCUUAGAAAACGACGUUACGCUGAAGAAACCAGCCUUGCUGCUGAUGGGGAACCUCUCCCGCUUUCCAGAUCUUCACGACUCCAUCUUUGAUGAAUUGUUGUCGACCAAAGGCACAAAAACCUUUUUGGACAUCAGAGCAGAAGAAUCUGCUGAGCUGAUGCCGAUUCUGUGUCGGAUCCUCGUAAACCUGAGCAAGAACAACGUGCAGAGGGCCCGUUAUCUUAGCUGUGAAACGGACGUGAAGGCUAUGUUGCAGAAGAAAUAUACAGGUAUAGCUGCGCAGGCGGUGGAGGAGCUGAGGGACACGUUGAAGUCUUCCAAACAUCUACAAAAAGAUAAAACCAAAAUGCCCCAAAAAUCUCCUCUACAAAUUCUACAAAAGUCUCUGAAGUCCUGCAGUGGAGCUAAACAUCAGGAAAUCUGAUUCCAGAAUCAGCAAUAAAAUAUUCAAAACACUAUUUUAUUUUUCCCCACUAGGAGUUAUUUUUUUUAUUACUUUUUAUUGUAGUGCACAAAGAAAUAUGGGAUGAAAUGUUAAAGUUAUUUAUGCCUUUUUAAGUAGGAGACAGAGAUAUCAAAGCACUUUUUAGGCAACCACAAUGAAGUAAGUAUUUGUAGCCGCUGUCCAGUGCCUGCUGAAUUAAAUUCUUUAUGGCAAAAAUAAUUAAGAUCUUUAAAAAAAAAAAAAGAAGAAGAAGCUUGUUUUAUUUUUAUAUUGUAUAAAGGCAGCUCAACACCUGAUGAUAUUAAUUAUUACUAAGCACUUUCUUUGACAAUUCUGCGAAGAAUAGCAGUAAAACAAAUUAAAUCAACAAAUUAUCUACAAUUAA